AUGAAUUUAAAAGAAGAACUACCACAGGCAUUAACACAUAAAGAUAUUCAACGUCUAGAACAAAAACUUGAAGAUUUAGCAUCAAAAUUAGCGAAAACGAAAUUUGACGAUAAUGGUAAUAAUAGUAAUAGUCAUGAUCAUGAGGAUGAAAAUUAUUCAACAGCAAAAACCUCGCUCGUUAUCGACCUUCCAAUAUUGGGAAAUCCAAAUGACACCGAUUCAUCCUUAUCCGUCGAUGAUGCAAAAUCACCACUCGCUAAACUUCUAAAUCACACUUUUCCUGAUACGGUGGUGGAUUUAGUGAAUAAAAUUCCAACGAAUUUAUUCAAACUUCCUUUUAAUUUUGGAUCACCACCAAUGUCGACAAAUAUCACUGAAACUAAAAUAACGACUGCACCACCGUCUCGUGAACUUUGUCGAAAAUUAAUCGAGGAUUAUUUUCAGAGAUUCAAUGUAUUUAUACCGAUUCUAGAUCGUCGAAAAUUCAUUGAUAAUUGGUGUAACAAAUCAAAACAAUCACAAUUGCUGGUGAGUGCUACUUUGGCAGUUGCGGCUGCUCGAUUCUCCGAUGAUCCUUCAAUUCAGAAAAAUGCUUCAAAACCUGGUGGAGUGUUUUACGAUGCUGCAAAGUCAUUACUUGACGGAUUGUACGAUGUACCUAGAAUAGAAACAUGUCAAGCAUUGAUUUUAUUAUCGUAUACACAAGGUAGUCUAGAUCGGUUGGAUACUGCAUCUUUGUAUACUGGAAUGGCUGUACAAAUGGCAAAUGUACUAAGAUUAUCACAGAAUGAACCAACAAUGUCACUGGAAGAUGAAGAGGAAAGAAGACGCGUCUUUUACUGCAUAUAUUGCAUUGAUAGAUGGACAACGUUUGUGCUCGGUAAACCUUACAUGAUCGAUGACGUAAACAUCAACGUUCCCUUACCAACCUUACCAUCCGCAAACAGAUUAACACGAUACUUUUUCACGGCACUUAUAAAACUAUCACGAAUUUUGGGACAAAUCUGGAAAUUUGGAUAUUCGUCACAACCGAAAGCGACGCAUUCAGCUUGGUUAGAUCAUGCAACGGAUCAUAAAAGCACUCUACGUCAAUUGAGAGGAAGUUUGGCGAAAUGGUUGCAAGAAUUACCGGAGGACCUGCAGUAUCAAUAUUUACCGUCUACUGAUCAGCGUACGCUAUUUCAAUUGGCGAGUUUUACAGCGUUUGCUGGACAUAUAAACAUUCUGUUUCAUACUUGUCUUAUUUUGUUACAUCAACCGUACAUCACACACAACGCGAAAGCUUCACUUAAUUCAUUCCUAUCAACAGGAGGAAUUGGAAAAUCAAAAAAUUCAUCAGUUCUGCAUCAGGGACCGGUGAAAACGUGUUUAUCAGCAGCGAUCACAAUAUCCGACAUUGCAAAAGUAACACGUCAACAGGACAAAUACUCAUUUAACAAUUUCCAAUAUUCAAUCUACGGAGUCUUUCAGUCUACCGUCUUGGAAUUGGUGAUCAUGAACGGAUCACCAGAAUAUUCGCAGAACGCCAAGAAAGCAUUCAAUGACUCCAUGGAAGAAUUACGAUUCAUUGCGGAUCAUAGUACCAUAUUUCGUUUAAGAGAUUCGGUGAAAGAGUUGGAAGGGUUGGUGCAGAUUACCAAUGGCGGAUCUUCUUCUUCUGGCACCGAUAUUAUGGUUCCAUUCAGAUUGGCCGCCCACAAUAAUAACCCAACAUAUUCUAUGAAUAAUUCAACAUUAAAUCCAUCGAAUAAAUCAGCACCCGUUUCUUCGACUAAUGCUUCUUCAAUUGAGGAUAAAGAAAUGAUGGUUACAGAUGAUUUUACGAAAUUUGACGCUGCUGCAAUUAUGAAUAUCGCAGAUGACAUUAAUUCAUCUUCACAUCAACAAAGAUUAUCAACAUCAUCUCCGAUUGAAACACAUCAGCAGCAUCAAAUUCCAGCAAAUACUCCACAAGCGUGGGAUGAUCAAUCAUUCUUUUUAACUGGUGAUGAUGACUACUUUUUUGGAUCUUCGACUGCUGGAGUCACAUCCUCUAAUGUAGUUGAUGGUGAAGGAACCGCUGGUACAGGGGUUACUGACACUACGAUGUUAGUUGAUGAUGAGAUGUUGUAUUCGUCUACAGGGGGUUGGAAUCACGGAUGA